AUGGAUGAUACAUUGACAGAAAAUGUUUUUUCUUUAAAAAACGAUGACUUUUUUGGUUUUAUUCAAGCAUUAGUUGGACAACAAAUGGUAGAUAUUCUGAAAUUUCAAUCAAUUACAUCUACACAAUCUCUUAUUCGAAAUCCGAAUAUCUUCGAUAUAUUUAAUAUGGAGUGUUCGGAAUCCAACUUCUUAAUGACAAGAGAUAGAUCAUGUUUUCAGCUUGAUAAUGGAAAAUUUAUUGUAAAAAUUGGGUUAAUAAAUAAUUUGAAUUGUUUAUUGGAUUUUUUAAAACAACAACAACAAAAACAAAUUAUGGCAAGCAGUUAUGUUGAUGCUAAUCCCAGCUUAUCAUUUGAUUUUAUCAAUAAACAUCCAUUGUUACAAAAAUUAAUUACUUGGUAUCAGCAAAUUGGCACUGAGAAUAAAGAUAAUGAAAAUAAGCAUGGAUUUUUAAAUCAUUUUAUUGAUACUAUCGCUAACAAUUUAACAAAGUCAAGCAAUAAUUUACGAUAUAGUGAUACAAUCAAGAAUUUUGCUUUAUCGUUAUAUAUAUUAGGUGGAAAGUUGACGUAUGAAUUCAUUAGAUUAAAUUUACCUGGAUCUUUACCUAGUUUAACUAUGUUAAAUAUGUUAAUUUCAAACUCAAAUUCAAACAUCAGUGAAGCCGAAUUUUGA